AUGUCAAACACAAAUAAAUACUCGCCUAAAAGUAUAUUAAAGAAAGGAGCUAGUAGCCACAAUCAUAAUACAUCAAAUUCAUGGUUCUCCAAGUUUAAUAAUGCUUCAAAUGAUAGUUCUCGUAUAAAUAGUUUAUUCAGUGGGUUUCGUAGUAGUACGAGUCGACUGAAUGGGGAGGAUGACAAUUUAUCUUCUGAAUUAAUGCCGAGAGAAAUUCGACGAGUACGUUUCCCCAUACAUGACAUGACAACUGAAUACAAGUUUAAUCAAGAUGAGACAAUUGAUCUGAAUAAAUCAACAUUACAACAACCCACUAAGCCUAUUAGUAUAAAAACAUCAAGUCAAUUGCUUUCUUUAUAUGAAACGAUUUGUAGAAAUAAGCAGGAGCCUACAAUCGAUUCUUUUGUUACAACUUUAAUUACACAUUCUCAAGCUACGUUUUUAAAUCGUUUAGAUUUAACUAAUCAACCUAUAGAUCGUCAUACUAUAUCUCCUCUUGCAGAUGUCUUGUGUAUCGAUUUUGGAAUUAAGGAACUCAUUCUUAAUAAUUGUCGAUUAGAAGAUGAUGCUAUCAAAAUUCUUAUGCAUAGUUUAUUACAAAAUGAUAGAAUUAACCAACUUGAAUUAGCAAAUAACUCUAAACUUACAACUAUUGCUUUUAAAUAUAUUGCAGUUUAUAUUAAAGGGGUAAGGAGAGAGUAUGUCAAAAAAAAUAAAUAA